AUGUCCUCCCCAUCAUCUUUCAACGCAAAAACAGAUGUGGGACUUAAACGGUUGAGUUUUUUGAUGAAAGGGUGGAAGGAUAGUAAAGGGGGUUAUAUUGGAUGGGGACAUGAUCUCUUACCUUCUCUUUCACUUGCAGUGGAUGAGACGCUUCAUACGGAGAAUAUUACUACCAACGGAAUGGGCACCGUCCACGGCGGCUGCAUCUCCACCGUCUUCGACGCCUGCACAUCCGUCGCCCUAAUGGGCAGAUACAGCGAUGCUAAAUGGGGCGGCGGUGGUGUAAGUCGAGGAUUAAACGUUACGUAUUUAAAGGGUAUUAUUGUUAAAGAUGAGAUAGGGGAAGGAGAGGGGGAAAAUGAUGUUUUGGUUGAGUGUGAGGUGGUGGGUGGAGUGGGGAAGAGAAAUGUGGUUUUGAGGGGAACAAUGAAACGCCGCAACGGACAAGUCCUAGCUAUAUGUGAACAUAGCAAGGUAAAUAUCGUAGGGGUAGAGUUACCGGGGAGUGGUGGGAAGAAGGAGAUAAAGAAGGAGAAGGAAAAGGACGGGAAAGAGAAGGGGGGAAAGGAGAAAGAGGCGAAGUUGUGA